GAUAAAUUUUAAAAAACAUAAUCUAUUGUCCUACUUAUGCAAGAGUUUACAAUAAAUAUUUAAAAUACUUUCACUGCCAGAAUCAAUACAAAUCUUUUUUUAUUUAUUUCAAUUUCAGCUUAACCUAAUAUUUUCAUUUAUGUAACAAUUACUGAAGAUUGUAUCGAACAGAAUCGACAAUUUAGCCAGCGCAAGAUUAUCAUAUUAAAAAAAAUAGCUUGCAUUUAAUUACAAAAAAUCGAAACAAAUUACGUCGUAUUUAUUUUGGUUUGUAUAUAAUCGUUAAGACAGAUGACUCUACAUAUUAGUCGCGCCAUUUCCGUUGCUAGACGUUUAUCGUUGUCCUGUUCCAAUCGAGGUUUUCAUCUAUCUCCCAGAGCCAUGGUUAUCGCAAUUGGUGAUAAAAUUCCAUCAGUGGAUCUUUUUGAAGAUUCCCCAAGUAACAAAGUCAACAUUAGAGAUCUUACUUCUCAAAAAAAGCUAAUCAUUUUCGGUGUUCCCGGUGCUUUUACACCUGGAUGUUCUAAGACUCACCUUCCUGGAUAUAUUGAAAAAGCUGCUGAUUUCAAAAGACAAGGUAUUGAUGAAAUAGUCUGCAUUAGCGUCAAUGAUCCUUUCGUUAUGAGUGCUUGGGGAAAAGAUCAAGGGGUUGAAGGCAAGGUAAGAAUGCUGGCUGAUACCAACGCCGAAUUUACGAAAGCUAUUGAUGUUGAUAUGAACUUGGCAGUUCUUGGUGGAACUCGAAGCAAAAGAUAUUCUAUGAUUGUAGAUGAUGGAAUUGUUAAAGAAAUGAAUGUUGAACCAGAUAAUACUGGACUCAGUUGUUCUCUAGCUGAUCAUAUUAAAAUAUAAAUUUAUAAAAAAUCUGAA